ACAGGUAUUAAAAAAAGUUAAUAAUAUGAAAAGUAAAAUUAAAAAUAUUACCGAUAUGAAGAAAACAGGAAAUAGGAAAAUUAAGUUAAAUGAGUGGCAAAAAAAAAUUUUCAACCUAUGGAAUGGGAGUGAGAAUCCAGUAAUUCAACAAGUGCCAGGAGGUGUAACUGAGGGCACCAGUCAAGACGUUGAUAUAUCAUUGACCGAUGAAGAGAAUCAAAUACCUUUUUGUGAUGAUAAAGAAUUAAUGGCUAAAUUACGAAAGAAAUUACUACUUCAACAAAUCAACACUGCCGCAGCUCAAGAAAAAGCUGCUAUAGCUCAAGAAAAGGCCGCUCUAGCUGUCGAAAGGUCCGCAGGAGCUGUAGAGCAAUUCGUAGAAGAUUACUUUGCACGACAACAGGCGAGCUUUUGAAUUCAUUUGGAUUCAAAAAUACCUACUGAUUAAUAUGUUUUUUUUUUUUGUUAAAAG